UUUAAAUCUGUUCAAAUAGAUUCAGCGAACAAAACUAGGUCAAUAUUAUAUGCGGUAGAUCUACCGGUUAUUAUAAAGUACGUCAUGCCCAUUAGUCAAAACUAAUAAUAGAUUUUUCUGUUGUAAUAUUUUAUGCUCCAAAGAAUUCAAAUACCUAAGGCCACGUAUAGUUAAGUAGAGAAAAUAUAAAUAUAAACUCUACAACCUCCCCGUUAUUGUGAAGUGUAACAGAAUUAUCAAUGAGAUUACAGAUUUAUAGAUUGGUAACUUACAUAGGGAACCAAAUGUUUAACCAGAUUUUUAAUCGCGAUGGGGUAUUUCGCAGAGGCGCCCCUCAGUAUCCCCCUCCAUAUGAUCAGCAUGUACAAGGACAGGGUCCACCGCACGGGGAACCACCGCCGCCGGGUUACGGUCCUCCUCCACCGUACGAUCCUUACGGCGCCCAUCAAGGGAUGCCAAUGCCAGGCCAAGAUGCUGGAGGUCAGUGGAUGGCGAGACCUCACGGUAUGCCAACGUGUCCACCUGGUCUGGAGUACCUGUGCCACAUUGAUCAGCUUCUAGUGAAACAGCAAGUUGAACUGUUCGAAGUGUUCACUGGUUGGGAGACAGCAAACAGAUACAAAGUGCAAAACAGCCUAGGACAACAAGUAUACUACGCAGCAGAAGAAUCUGAUACGUGUUCUAGGCAAUGUUGUGGUGCAUCGAGGGGUUUUACUAUACACAUAACAGAUAAUACAGGCCAGGAAGUUAUAAGAGUGACGCGGGAGUUCAAGUGUUGUGUAGGGUGUCCAUGUUUUGCUUGUGAUGAUGCCUGGGCUCAUGUUGUGCAGGUAGAAGCGCCCGUCGGACAUAUUGUUGGAUAUGUUAAACAAAGGCAAAGUUGUAUAAGACCUUACUACAUUAUCACGGAUGCGGAACACCAGGAGGUAUUUUCUAUGACGGGGCCUCCUUGUUGUUUCACAGGGUGUACGUGGGAUCAGGACUUUGUGGUAAAUUCCAGAGAUGGUCAAAGUCAAGUAGGAAAAGUAAGCAAGCAGUGGAGCGGACUUUUAAAAGAAAUUUUUACCGACGCAGACAACUUUGGCAUUUCAUUUCCAGAAGAUCUUGAUGUAAAAAUGAAGGCAGUUAUGCUUGGGGCCGUAUUUCUGAUCGACUUCAUGUACUAUGAGAAAAGUCAAAAUAGCAGUAGCAGCAACAAUAGAGGAUCCAUGUGAGAUUUUCAAGUUCAGCGGAAGUAAAGAUCGGAACCGGAAGAACAAGAAAGCAGACGAAAAUAUUAUGCAACAUAACGUACUGACAGUAAACUGAUAAACAGCAUAUACUUUAUUACUUAACACGAAGACGUCAACACUUUUGAAUAAAUUUAACAAUAAAAGAAGCGUGAGAUUCCUUUAAAGAUUACUGGAAGUUUACCUUGAUGUCGUCCUUGAACGCAGUGCUUCUUCAGGGUUCCGCCAUGUUUGCUAAAUAUUCUGCUAGAGGUCUUGUUACAUUAUCACCGGUCAAGGUGAAAUAGACUGAAAGGCCUACAUACUCCGCAUGCCAGUUGCCUUUAAAAUGAUAUACAAUGUAGUGUGAAAGAAAUGGUUCAAAACUAUAUCCCUGAGCAUUCACAAUGUUGCGGAAAAGGUAUAUAGGUGUGCAUUCUGAGAUUCUUGCAAAAGACGAUUGGUCGAGAUAGAAAAUACGGUGAUUAAACAAUAUGUGUCUAGAAGUGAAAAAUAAAUGGGAGUGCUCUGAUGUUAAAAGCAUGCCUAUAUCUAAAACGGAAAGUGCCUAGAUGGAUAAAAGGGAGUUGCUAACUGCAAACGGGAAGUACCUAGAUGGAUAAGCUAACAGCAACAGCAAACGGGAAGUGUCUAGAUGGAUAAAAGGGUGUUACUAACUGCAAAAGGAAGUGCCUAGAUGGAUAAAAGGCUGUUGCUAAAUGCAAAUGGAAAUUAAAGAACAUUUAUGUUUUUAAUGUUAAACAUUCAGCCUGCUGAUGGCUAGUGAGUUUACCUUAGCGACGUGCAGACCAAGACAAGCUGAUCUGUGCAGGCUGAUCAUGGUCUGCAAUUGCCGCUAUUCAGUCAGAAUAUAUAUGUGUAACUGGUACUGCCCAAAUUGAACGAUAGAACAGUCCAUUUUAGAAAUUUAGCAGGCUAAAGGUUAAAAUGAUUAAAGUGUUAGUAUUAUUUUCAACGCAACCCUAUAGGCUUAUGUUCAUGGAUAUUUUUAUAUCCAUGAACGACAAACGUAUACAAAAAGUUUUACUUAUAUUUAUUGUUAGAUGAAUGUUAAUUGAAAUAAAAUAUUUUUAUAUAAUUAUGGGUGAUCAGUUUUUAAUGUCUAUUUGAGACUUUAGGUUACCACUAUAACUGUAAUAACUAAAAUCUUGUUUAUUGUGUUCCA